AUUUUGGUCUGGCAGUGUGACAUCAUAAGGCUGCGUCGCGCUCCUGCGUCUGUUUUGAUUUUAGAAAGGUUUGUGUUUUUAAAGCGUAUAUGGUGCGAUUUGCCAAUCAAUAAGAAGCAGCAGCAGCAUGUAAGAGUGUCCAAACACACAGAAAAACUCCUGCUGAAGCAACUGAGAUCCACGUGACACACUGUUAUAAAGAUGGCGUUUAUUAAAGAGGAGAGUGAAGACAUAAAGAUUGAAGAAGCAUUCAGAGUGAAACAAGAAGAUACUGAGGAACAAACAGACCUGAUGGCCCUUAAAGAGGAGAGUCAACAACUGAAUGAAAUGGAAGAGGAAAAUCAGAAUGAGAAACAUAUGUUCAUAACUGGAGAAAAAUCCACACAGACUAAACGGAGUUCUUCACGAAAAAGAGCUAAGAAGACCAGAGCUAACAGUUCUUUCACCUGCCAACAGUGUGGAAGGAGCUUCACGCAAAAACAAAACCUUACAGUCCACAUGAGAGUUCACACUGGAGAAAAGCCUUACACCUGCCAACAGUGCGGAAAGAGUUUCAGUCAGAAACAAAACCUUUCAGUCCAUAUGAGACUCCACACUGGAGAGAACUCUUUCAUCUGCCAACAGUGUGGAAAACGUUUUACUAAAAAACAAAACCUUGAUAUCCACAUGAGAAUUCACACCGGAGAGAGCUCUUUCACCUGCCAACAGUGUGGGAACAGUUUCACUCAAAAAGGAAACCUUAAAGUCCACAUGAGAAUUCACACUGGAGAAAAGCCUUAUACAUGCCCUCAGUGUGGACAGAGAUUUGCACAUAAAAACACCCUUAAUUCCCACAUGAGAAUUCACACUGGAGAGAAGCUGUUUACAUGUGAUCAGUGUGAAAAGAGCUUCACAACAGAACUAAACCUUAGAUAUCACAAGAACAUUCACACUGGGGAGAAGCCGUUUGUAUGUGGUCAGUGUGGAAAGUGUUUCACACGUAAGGUAACCCUUAAUUACCACAUAAGGAUUCACUCAGGAGAGGACUGUUUUAAAUGUAAUCAGUGUGGAAAGAGUUUCAGUCAUAAAAAAAGCCUCAGCACUCACAUGAGUCUUCACACUGGAGAGAAGCCUUACACCUGCAAACUGUGUGGAAAGAGCUUCUCCCAAAAAGGAAAUCUUAAAACUCACUUGAGGCUUCACACUGGAGAGAAGCCGUUCAAGUGUCUUCAGUGUGACAAGUAUUUCACAUAUCAAAGAGCUGUGAAACGUCAUUUGCAAACUCAUUCUAGACAGAAAUUGCAGAGGUCCGAGUGUGACAAGAGGUUUAGAAAAAACAGAAAUUUCAGAAAUCACCAGCGCAGUCACUCUGGAGGAAGGCCAUUUAAUUGUGAUCAUUGUAACAAAAAAUUUAUUUUGUCAUCACACUUACAGAUACACCUGAAAAGUCAUGAAAAUGUGAAACCCUAUUUGUGUUCUUUGUGUGGAAAGAGAUUUAAAUGGUUCGGCAAAUUAAAAUUGCACCAGAAAAUACGUGUCUGUGUGAAAUUAAGGAAACGUUCACACCGCAGCUGAAUGUGGGCAAAAUGUGAUUGUCCACCUUUAUAACCCCUUCUUUUAUUUGCAUCACCUCUUUAUACUUUGCUUUUGGCUUUUUGUACAUUAACACCUGUAUCUACACCUAACCAUUUACUCUGUUGUAGUUUCAAAUCUUGAGAGGUUGUGAUAGACACCUUCCAGUUUUGAUCGUAUAGAGACAAUGUAAAUGAGAGAUUAUGAAUAAAAUGACAAACUACAUGAAAUAAUGAACAUUGUGCUGGAUUAUUAUGAUUCAUCUUUAGUGAAAGAAUGCACUGGUAAACAUGUCAGUCUGGACUUGAAUAUGGCUACUGUUGGGAUCUGAUGACAUCUGGGCCCAUAUGUAUCAAACUUCU